AUGCUACUCACUGAUCCCAACGACCGCAUCAUGCAAGACAGCACCUGGGCAGACGGCCUGCGAGGCAUCGCCGCCCUCUAUGUCGCAUCCUCGCACAUUGCCCUCUGCUUUGGCAGACAGUUCACCAACCCUUGCUGUGUUGAAGGCGAGACACGGACACCAUGGCUUUUCCAACGACCCUUCUUCCGCCUUAUCGCUUCUGGACACAGCUGGGUCGCCGUCUUCUUCGUCUUGCUGGGUUUCGUCAACGCCUUGAAGCCUAUCAAACAAGCACGCAAUGGCGACUCGGAAUCUGCCCUGCUUGGCCUCUCAACAGCCUCCUUCCGCCGCUCUUUCCGCCUCGUCCUCCCGGCCACUGUUGCCACCAUCAUUUCCUGGACAUUGUGCCAGACCGGAGUCUACGAGCUAGCUAGGAACAGCGACGCUUACUGGCUGUAUACCAACACUCCACAACCGUCCGAGGGGUUGUGUAGCGCUUUCGUCGAUCUGGUUCAAUCACUGAUGGCGACGUGGAGGUUUGGCCCUGGCAACCAAUAUGACCAGCCUCAGUGGGCGCUGCUCUAUCUGCUUAUGGGCAGUAUCAUGGCAUUUUUCCUUCUUAUGGCGACUGUCCAACUGACUUCAGUCUGGAGGAGCGUCACCCUCACUCUCUGCUUGCUAUGGUCCUGGAGCUGGUCCAACGCCAUGCGGGAUCCUAUGGUUGGCUACACAGUCAUUGGAGGUAUACUCUUGGCCGAGUUCAGCGUCUCUCCACUGCCCGCGAAACUGGCAUCCCUCCCGCUUGUAUCGACCGUGCUAUCACCUGCGCUCGCCCUGCUCGCACUGCUCAUGAUGUCCUUCCCCGGCGGCAACGCCGAUUCGGUACCAUGGUCGGCGAACCUGAAGUACAUUCUCAGCAUUCUCUUCCCCAGCUCGCUUCACUUCUCGUUCCCUCGUCUUAGCGGUAGCACCGGCGCCCUGAUACUCUGCAUCGCCAUACUCGUCAGCCCUCAAAUGCGUCGCGCACUCUCCGUCAAACCGCUCCGAUGGCUCGGCAAGCUCAGCUUCCCCAUCUACCUGCUACACGGCACGUUCAUGCGCACUGUGCUCGCAUGGUUUGUCUUUGCCGGUCAGCCUCUGGAACCGUUCAAGCUCGAAAAGGCAACCGAGGAGGACAAAGCCAACGGGCGCGACACAAUCUACCGGUACGGUCAGCCCGGCACCGUACGCAUUCUUCUCGGUAUCAUUCUCAUGACCGCCGUCACCCUCGGCGCGAGCCACUUCUGGGCAAACAACUUCGAGCCGGCGUUUGGAAAGAUCACCGCUUGGGCGGAGGGCAAGAUGAAGAGGUCGUCUGAUGGGCCCAUGCUGAACGGCGGUGCUCUGAGGCUGAACGGUGGUGCUCUGAGCCCCCGAUCGGGUGCCCUGUCCCCACGAAGCCCACUCGAUCGGCCAGAGAAGCGGGAAGGAUAA